AUGAAUAAGUGUGUCAAUAGUCAAGACCACAGGAGAGACCCAGAGGAAAGAUGCCGCCUACCCGGUAACCCUUCUGUCUCUGCCACAGUGAGGCUCCACGACAGCAUCUCCGAAGAGGGCCACCACUACUUGAUAUUUGACCUGGUCACCGGCGGGGAGCUGUUUGAGGACAUUGUGGCCAGGGAGUACUACAGUGAAGCGGAUGCCAGCCACUGCAUCCAGCAGAUCCUGGAGGCCGUCCUGCACUGCCAUCAGAUGGGGGUGGUCCACCGGGAUCUGAAGCCUGAGAACCUGCUGCUGGCAUCCAAGCUGAAGGGUGCUGCCGUCAAGCUGGCUGACUUCGGCCUUGCCAUCGAGGUGGAGGGGGACCAGCAAGCGUGGUUUGGUUUUGCUGGCACCCCGGGAUACCUCUCCCCUGAGGUGCUCCGGAAGGACCCCUACGGCAAGGCUGUGGACCUGUGGGCUUGUGGUGUCAUCCUCUACAUCCUGCUGGUUGGGUACCCACCCUUUUGGGAUGAAGACCAGCACCGACUCUACCAGCAGAUCAAGGCUGGGGCUUAUGAUUUCCCCUCCCCUGAGUGGGACACGGUCACUCCUGAAGCAAAAGAUCUCAUCAACAAGAUGUUGACCAUAAACCCGUCGAAGCGCAUCACGGCAGCGGAGGCUCUGAAGCACCCCUGGAUAUCGCACCGUGCUACCGUGGCGUCAUGCAUGCACAGGCAGGAGACGGUGGAUUGUCUGAAGAAGUUCAAUGCCCGGAGGAAGCUGAAGGGAGCCAUCCUCACCACCAUGCUGGCCACCAGGAACUUCUCCG